AUGCGACUUAUUCAAUUCAAUAGUGGUCUUCGUGUAGUAUUAAGAGACGUCCAACAAGAACAAACAGAGCCAUCACAAAGAUAUUAUCUUGUAUCACCACCAUUAUCACAACCACAAUCUGUACAUUAUUCAUCGAAUUCUUCUAUAGCUACAACAAGUUCAUCGAUUAAAUCGAAUACUUCUACUGGUACUAAUCAUGAAUACUAUAGUUACCGAAAGCAUGUGCCAUCAUCGCAUUCAACAAUUUAUUCUCAAUGUAAUCAAGUAAAAACACCUCCUGUCGUUAAUGCAAUACAAUCGUCAACGAUAAUCGUUGAGAGUCGACGCGACAAAAGUGAUUCGGGCCAUGUCAAUAUUCGUGAUGACGACGAAGGCCACUUGAUUUAUGUUCCAGGUGAUCUUCUGCAUCGUCAAUAUGAAAUUCGUCGAACACUCGGUGAAGGUACAUUUGGCAAAGUCGUCGAAGUUCGAGACCUACGAGGUGAUGGUAAUGCACGUUUAGCAUUGAAAAUAAUAAAAAAUGUUGAUAAAUAUCGUGAAGCGGCCCGGUUAGAAAUUAAUGUACUGAAAACAAUCAAAGAAAAAGAUCCCGAUUGUGUUAAUUUAUGUGUUUCAUUGCUUGAUUCAUUUGAUUACUAUGGUCAUAUGUGUAUUGCUUUUGAUAUGCUAGGUUUAAGUGUCUUUGAUUUUUUAAAAGAAAAUAAUUAUAUUCCAUAUCCAAUCGAUCAAGUUCGUCAUAUUUCAUACCAAUUAUGUCUUGCAGUCAAAUUUCUUCAUGAUAUUUCUUUGACACAUACAGAUUUAAAACCUGAAAAUAUUCUUUUUGUCAAUUCGGAUUAUAAUGUCGUUUACAAUCAUCGAAAAAGACGAGAUGAACGUAUUGUAUGUCGCACAGAUAUAAAAGUAAUUGAUUUUGGUUCUGCAACAUUCGAUUGGGAACAUCACUCAACAAUUGUUUCAACUCGACAUUAUCGUGCACCAGAAGUUAUACUUGAAUUGGGAUGGUCUCAACCUUGUGAUGUUUGGAGCGUCGGUUGUAUUUUAUUUGAACUCUAUCUUGGUUUUACUCUCUUUCAAACUCAUGAUAAUAAAGAACAUUUAGCGAUGAUGGAACGCAUACUCGGUCCUAUUCCAUAUCGAAUGGCAAAACAGUCAAAAAAAACGAAAUAUUUCUACCAUGGCCGAUUGGACUGGGAUGAACGUAGUUCAGCUGGUCGUUAUGUUCGAGACAAUUGUAAACCGUUAAGACGUUAUAUGAUGAGUGACGAAGCAGAUCAUCAGCAGUUAUUUGAAUUGAUUGAAAAAAUGCUCGAAUACGAUCCAAAACGACGAAUAACAUUGAUUGAUGCUCUUCGACAUCCUUUUUUCGAACGUCUUCUGCCUGAACAACGUAUUAAUGAUGUUCUUUCAAACGCAAAUGCAUCUGCUAGUUCUUGA